AUGCUGUCAACGCUACCCCGCCUACCGCUCUUCGAAGCCGUCGCAAACCAUGAUCCCAACUCCAAGGUCGUCGUCCACUCCCUCUCCGGCCGCACCUUCAAGUAUGGUGAGCUGCUUGGUGAUGUGCGCCGUGCUCGCGACCGCUUGUCCGAAGCUGCGGGCAAGGAGGAUCUCAAUGGCGAGCGAAUCGCAUUCUUGGUCGAGAAUAGCUACGACUACGUAGUAACGCUCCUGGCCGCCAUGGCUGCGCGCUCUAUCGCCGUGCCUCUGUCUCCAGCCUUCCCCGCGCCGGAGCUUCAGUAUAUCCUUAACCAGAGCGAGGCGUCUCUUCUCGUUUCUUCAGCCAAGUUCGCAGCCAAGGCCAAGGAGGUGCUUGCGACGGAUCUGACAACUAAGCCGGCACAUCUUGAGCUUCAGAAGCAUGUUGGUGGGGGAAGUCAUGAGAAGGUCGAAUUGGGCGACUCCAACCCUGGAGAGGCCGGCAUGAUGUUGUAUACAUCAGGCACGACAAACAGGCCGAAAGGUGUUCUGCUACCUCAAUCGGUCCUGACAGCGCAGUCUCGUUCUCUACUCGAAGCCUGGGAAUACUCCCCAGCCGAUCACCUCCUCCACGUUCUCCCUCUCCACCACAUCCAUGGCACCGUCAAUGCCAUCCUAACACCCCUCCUCGCCGGCUCAACCAUCGAAUUCAUGUUCCCCUUUAAUGCAGAUGCCGUCUGGAAGCGACUCUCCACACCUUUCCUCGCCUCUGCCGCCAACGGUACCUCGACUCCCAAGGACAAGAUCACCUUCUUCACCGUCGUGCCCACAGUCUAUAGCCGUCUUCUCUCUAGUCACAAGAGCCUCGCUCCUGAUGCUCAAGAAGCCGCCCGGAAAGCCAUCUCACCAGAGAACAUGCGCCUCGCCAUAUCUGGCUCCGCCGCCCUGCCUACCCCUAUAAAGGCAGCUUGGAGGGACCUAAGCCACGGCAACGUUCUCCUCGAGCGAUACGGCAUGACCGAGGUUGGUAUGGCACUGAGCUGCGGCCUCGACUUUUCCGAUCGUGUUGAUGCCAGUGUCGGCUGGCCACUGCCAUCUGUCCAAGCUCGUCUGGUUGAUGUCGACACAGGAGAUAUCAUCAAGGAGGGUGAGGAGGUCAACCAGGAGACAGGCCGAGAACGAUCUGGCGAGAUCCAACUCCGUGGACCGACCAUCUUCCGCGAGUACUGGCGCAACCCAAAAGCGACAGCCAGCGAGUUUGUUGACGAUGCCGACGGCAAGGGCCGCUGGUUCAAGACGGGUGACGUCGCUGUUCGCCGCCCCGUCCCCUCCGCCGCUGCCGCUCAACCCUGGGCUCACGGUCCCUUGUAUUUUAUCCAAGGCCGCAAGUCGGCCGACAUCAUCAAGACCGGCGGCGAAAAGGUCAGCGCUCUCGAAGUCGAGCGCGAGCUGCUCUCCCUGCCCCAGGUCGCUGAGGCGGCCGUGGUCGCGGUGCCGAGCGGUCAAUGGGGACACAAGGUUGGCGCUGUCCUCGUUCUCGAUAAUGAAGUUGUCAAGAAGUGGUCUGCGCUCGACAUGAGGCGUGCGCUUAAGGAUCGCUUAGCCAACUAUAAGAUUCCUCAAGUGAUGCGACUCGUCGAUCAUAUCCCAAGGAAUGCCAUGGGCAAGAUCAACAAGAAGCAACUGGUCAAGUCUAUUUUCCCUGACGAUAUCAGCGGCGACGAAAGCUAA